AUGAAUCGUCAUGUCAUCGCGUGCCUGCUCAUCGCCAUGGGCGCUCGGUGCGUCUUGGCCGAUCCCGGAGACGACUUCGCGAAUAACCUCUUCACCGACUUAUCUCCUCUUCUUGCAUUGUUCGGCGAACGCGUCACCAUGCAAUUCCUGAGCCAAGCCAUAGGCGUGGCCGACUGUAUCAUGUUGGCCAUGGCACCCCUAGGUAUCAUCACCAUUAUCGUCAGUGCCAUUAGAGUUGGUGGUCCCAUGUGGCUCAAGGCGACUAUCGGAAGAGCGCGCGAAAGCUUGUCCAGGGCUGAAAUUGAGCUCAUGUCGUCGACAUCCAAGGAAACGAGUGAGCUUUGGGACGGGCACAAUAUUGUCCGUUGUUCGGGCGAAGGCGAGAUAUGGCAGUUCAUCUGCCUCGUCCCCAAGAAUCAGGAUAAGCAAAAAGCUGCUGCUCCAGAAAUUGAGGUUAUGAGUCUGGAUGAAGCAGAGGAUCAAGAUCACAAGUUGCUCAAACCAAUAGAAGUGACCGCGUGGAAAAGGUUCCGAAAGACCACAUACGAUGUGAAAACCUAUGUGGAACGUGGUUAUGUAAAAGCACGGAGAGCAUUUCAGAAUCAAGCACCAGCAGCGGAACCAAGUUCCUUGGAGCAGGGGAAUUCAACGCCACUUUGUCCAGGGACAUCUCAAUCGCCCACCGCAAAAGCAGAGAGUCCCGCGCCUCAGAAGAUCUACGUCGUACGAGAUCUUGACUCCGCCCCGCCCAACCUAACACUGAACUGCCAUACGUACUUCAAUCGGUACUACCACUAUGCCGUUGCUCUUGUUGGAAUAGUGCUGCAGUUGCUGGUACUUUUUUAUGCUGGACUCAUCACAUACCGCCCGACCUGGAAAGAAUACUUCUUGAAAAACGACAAGCCCAUGGAUAGUUAUGCGUUUCCAACCGUCGCUGUCGGUACCGUUCUACUAGCAAUCGGAGUUUUCCUCUGCGGACAUGUCGUGGAGACAAGCACAGAGGAAGACCACUAUAAGGCGGCUGAAGGUUACGAUGCAUACAUCGUCUGGCUUCAGAGAAGUAAUACCGUCGGCGACCAAAAGUUCGACCCAUGCGCAGUAUAUCCUGUCUGCAAAAGACAAUAUGUCACAUUCUCACGCCGAAACACGGAUCAUGAUGUAAAAACUCCGGAUCAGACCAAGGGCCGACCGAAGCAGUUGCACGGAAAUACCGAAGGAGGCCUGGAACUUCUGGCCAUGAUCGCAACAGCCGUUUGCCUCGUUGGAUACCUAAUUCAAUUCAUUGGCCUCCGGGGGAUGAACUGGUCCGCUUCCAUCGCUCAACUUGUCGCAGUCGCCUUGAUGACCAUACUCAGAGCGUUGGUCCGACGUGACCUCGACAAGAAGCCAAUGUUCAAUACCUUAGUGAACGGCUAUGAGAUCGAUUGGUUGGCGAUCAGUCUGAUGUCCAAACAGGCUUCAUGGCGCGGGUCGACGGACACACUCGCAACAAAGUCGGCGGCCGGCAAAACUGCGAAUGAAAAGGACUCCGCCAAGUCAACGCCCGACCACUUGCAAAGGCCCCUGUCUUCAUGGACUGUUAUCACAGGGGAGGAGCAUACAUCGACCCUCAAAUCGAGUCCACCACCUGAUGAUGUCAGCCGUGCCCCUUCGGUUGCCAUGGAGGCUGCUACCAGAGCUGACCAAGCUCUCAAAGCCCGCAUACGGCUCGGCAAACUCGCAAACUGGCGGGGUCCCGUCGCAAUCGAGGCUGUCAAGCUUACGGAGGCGAUAGAGGCGGCGAUGGCUGCGUUGGUACCAAAGUCAAAGUCAUCAUCCAUAUUCUCUUGGAACAUACCCGUGAGAUUUGAGGAAGUCGACGUGACAAUCAGCGUCCAGAUCAAGUGGAUAAAUGGAGCUUGGAAAGCGCCCGCUGAUAAAAUCGAAGCAAUCCUGUCUUUGUGGCUCUAUUCUGUCAAGAGCCAUUAUGGACAAGAGGAAGGAAGCAGCCGCAGCAAGCAGACAUUCGAGGACGAGAGCGACUCCCUCCUGCGUGCGAAGGAGUCACCAGAAGGAGUGGGCUUGAAAGUCUUUGGUACAAAUUGCGAAAAGCGGCAGCUCCUCAGGGACCUCCGAUGGUGGAUUCCAAAAGGAAUCGAAGUGCUUGAAGUUCUCGAGAUCUGGCCCUCUGAAAAACCGCCUAGCUUUACUGGUGGCAAAACCAUCGAUUCCAUCCAGUGCAGAGUCAUUGGUAGCGGUAUGAAGCUCGGCUUCACUUCCAAAAGCAGCCAAGACCCGGACAAGCUUGUGGUUUAUAAUGCCAAUCCUCUCCAAUUCAAGCAGCAGCUUUCAGAUGAUGAGUCUGACGACAAGGCUGACGAUGAGUCCCUUCACGACGACCAUGAUGUCGAAAACACAACGCCAUCGAAUUGCUUAGAAACAUGGCUUGCUAUCGAGUCUUUCGACUCUCUGGAAAAGCUCUAUGUCCAAGAUCUAUUCUUUGCUUUCAUGUCCGCGAUGGCGACGUGCGGCGAUGUCGAACUCCUGACAAUUGAAACAGAAGUCGUACCGCAAAAGAGCAACGACGACCCAAUAAACAAUCUGAGACAGUUCGCGCUCACCAAUACUACUCUCUCCCGCCUGGUCCAUGAAGUUCACGGAAUAGGCAUUGGCAGUCUACAGGAGGCCUGGUUUGGUCUCAUCACCCCCUUCAGCUUGCACGAGAAGCUCCCAAUUGGCAAUUUAUUGACUCAACAUGCUCAACUCACCGUCGAAAAAUUCCAAAGCGAUCGUGAGUUCGAUAAAAUGGGCGAGGCUUGCUGUUGGAUGCUGGACCAGGCCAUGACGUUCAACUGGCAGAGCCACGCUAGACCCAGAGCUCUUGCAAUGGUUCUUCGUCUCUUAUCUGAUAUGAGACUAGUUCAUACCCAGGCUGAGAAGCAGUCCCAUUCAGACAAACGCUCUGCCGAGAUGUUUUUGAGCAGCCUAUCUCCCAAGAUCAAGAGCUGGAAGAAGAGACUACGCAAUCUUCCUCGACCUCAGUCACGCGCACCAGUGGACGAAGUGGACAUUUUUGGGCAAGUGGCGCUACACAUAGCCUUGAUCUGGGGCAUGGAUGUGGACACCAUCGAAGCUCUCCUCAAAUCGGACAGGAGCAUGAAUGGGAAUGCUGUCACUCUCGAGAUGCAAGAUUCGGAAGGUAGAACGCCUCUACAUAUUGCAGUCAGCAACGCCCAUGAAAGACUCUCGGGAUACAGAGACUUCCUCAGUCGCUUCCUAGAGUACAACCCCGAAAUGAAUUUCAACAUCACGAACAAAGAAGGCAAAACAGCUCUUGAAUUGGCUAAAAGACCGGAAAUCAGAGACCCUCUGAUCGAACAAAUCGAGAAACAGAAAGAAGCUCGUCGGCAGCGGCAGGAAGAAUCCGAAACGGCAGCUUCUUCAGCACAGUGA